AUGGUGUCCGAUAUGAGUUAUGAUGAUUUCGAAAUGAUUGAAUCCGAAGACGUUAUCAAACAAAUGCUUGUGGAUGAAAAACCAGAUCUCGAGAAGAUCAGGAAAUGGCUGAGCCCUACAGAUUACCUAGCAUCAUCCAGCGAAUUCAAUCGCCAUGCUUCAUCUAAAGCGCACAAUACAGGGGAAUGGAUUCGAGAGACUUCGCAAUUUGAACAAUGGCAUUCAUCUGCUGACCAUGGGUCUAUUUGGAUCAAGGCAGUUCCGGGUGCGGGCAAGAGUGUCCUUGCAGCCUCCAUGGUUCAAUCACUUUCGGCCAAUGAGUCCGUUCCUGUUCUCUUCUUUUUCCUCAGGCAAAUUAUCGAAACAAAUCGCACUUCUCGUGGUCUUUUGCGAGAUUGGAUGUGCCAGCUUUUGCCCUUCAGCGAAGCCUUGCAAUUGAACCUGUUUGAGCAUGUGAAGAAUGGACAGAGCCUGGAAAGUAUUACUACAGCACAUUUGUGGAAACAUCUUUUGACUGGCCUAAGAAUGCUCAAACGAGUCUAUUGUAUCGCUGAUGCAUUAGAUGAGAUGAAUAUGGACGAGGAAUUCCUCUCUCAGCUUAACGCCUUGGGAUCAUUUAGACCCGCUCAAGUCAAGGUUCUAUUAACCAGUCGACCUAAACAAUAUCUCCAACGAGCGUUCAAAGAUCCCCAAGUUAUUCACGUCAGUCUCGAGGAGGAGCUUGUGAAACGUGAUAUAUCUGUUUUUGUUCGUCAGCGCGUAAAGCAAUUUGCUGAGGACGGCAUCAGUGAGAACAUGCAAAGUUUUAUCCAGAGCACUGUAUGUGAGCGAUCUGAAGGCCUAUUCUUGUAUGCUCGCGUUAUGCUCGAUCAAAUCAGUCAAUCUAUCAAGAACAAAGAACACAAUGAGGUUUUAAUACGAGAAAUGAUAGUUAAAUUGCCCGUUGGUCUUGAAGAGAUGUAUAACAGGGUACUUAUCGAUCAUGCUUCACUUACAAACAUCCAUCAGGAUACACAAGUCAUGAUUUUACAACUGGUUAUUCAGUCGGCACGACCCAUGCGCCUAAUAGAAAUUGUCAAGGCUAUUGAAGACAAUCAUCGCCUUUCCAAAAGUGACAGAGACAGUAAAGACAUUGUCAGGUUUGGCUGUGGUCCACUUCUCGAGAUCAUGGAAGAUGGGGUUGUGCAAAUUUUGCACCACUCCUUCACUGAAUUUCUUUUGGACGCUGACCGCACUAUACGUAAAUUGUCAAACGUUCCUCAAUUCCCUGUCAUCGAUCCGAAAAUUGCCCACCGCGAUAUUGCGCUUUUAUGUAUCAGCGAACUUCAAGGGGAGGCAUUUUCUUCCUACCCGAUGCCAGAUAAUGUGAAAUAUGGUGGAGGUAACGUGGAAAAAUCCAUGCGACAAAAGUUUGACUUUGCUCGAUCGUUCGUACAGUAUCCAUUUGUUGAGUAUGCUGCAAAGAACUGGACUUAUCAUGCCAAAUCGUACGACUAUGAAGAUCCAAGUUUCUAUGAGACGCUGGAAGGGUUCUGUAAUUCUGAUAGCCAGGCAUUUAAGGCUUGGUCAUGGUUGGCCGACAAGUUGAGAAACUCUCCGGAUACGUUACGUUACUGGCUACAAUUUAGUCAUGGUCAAGCUCCAGCAUCAGAAAUGACUUCCCAUCUUCAUAUAGCUUCUAGUUUCGGGCUAGGCUGUUGGACACAGAGACUGUUGGAAAAUGGCGCAGAUGUUGAGAUACGAGAUAGUACUGGAAAUACUCCUUUAUUGCUAGAUGUUGGUGCUAAGCCAAACAUCGGCGGAAAUGAUGGACUGAAGCCUCUCCAUGUUGCAGCCUCGAAUAACCAUGCAGGAGUGGUUAAGCUCCUGCUUGGCGCUGGUGUGUCCCCUCUUACAACUCGGGCGGAAGAUAUAUCAAGACGCUGUGGGAAUGCACCACCAAAUGCCAGUCAACACCCACUGAUGAUCGCCAGUAAUGCCGGUCAUGUUGAAACAAUAAUUGAGAUGAUUCCGUAUUGCGAGACAAAAGAACUUGAAGAAGCUUUAUUACGAGCAGCUCAUCGUGGACAUCAUAUUUUGGUUUCUACUCUCUUAGGAAAAACAGAUGUUUCUCCCAACGCAAAAGCGCCCGUAGGGUAUGGUGACAUGGGGUUUAUGAGAGGCCAGACUGCCCUAAUGGUAGCGACGAGUUCCCUUGAAGCAAGAUCUGUAAAGGCCAUAAUUGAGAAAGGAGGGAUCGCAAGUCUAGGUAGUGAUCACUUAACGGGGCUUGGCUCAGCUCAUCCCAUUGUGCAUAGUAGAAAUCUACCAGAACCGGAAGAUAGAACGCCACUCCAUAAUCUUGCUAUGACUGCGAUCAACCAACAUAAUCGAGCUGCUGCGAAGGAAAUCUUAGAUAUACUUUUGUUGGCAGGUGCUGAUCUUGAAGCCCGGGAUAGCAACAGCGACACUCCUCUGCUACUCACAGUCUCACCAAAAACUCAUAGUUAUUUCCAAAUUGCUCUGGAGCUUUUACUCUCCGCUGGUGCUGAUCCGUGCACCAUGAACUCUGAUGGCGAGACUUUACUUCACCGAGCUUGUGAAGGGCUAUCAUCGACUGACCUUGCCAAACAACUUUUGGCCUUCGGAGCAAACCCUAAUCAAGCUCGAAUCUCGGAUGGAGUAACUCCGUUACAUUGUGUGGUGGACAACAGACAUAAGCCAGCUGAGCUCAUUGAAUUGCUUGUCAACCAUGGUGCUGAUAUCAAUGUCCAAGAUAACAAUGGAGAUACUACCCUGCAUCGCGCUUGCAGAUCUUCAUUAAUCCAAUCAGGCGAUCUGAUCCCAGCCAUUUUGAGCCUUUCACCUGAUACCAAUAUCCAAAACAAUCUUGACGAAACAUGUUUGCACAAUGUGUAUCCGGUUAUAGAUUCAGGGCUGGUAAGCACUAUAAUCGACACUGGUAUGAAUCUAGAAAAACGUGACCGCGAAGGGAUGUCGGUCCUACUCAAAGUGAUUAAAUAUCAAGGUACAAAUAUGGAGAUGGUAGAAGUGCUUUUGAGUCACCCGAAGAAGGCUUCUAUCUCUACUAGAACGUGGCAGGGCAAAACAGUGCUGCAUUUGGCUUGUCACUCUCGUAACUCUGUUGAGCUUCUUAAGAUACUCGUGAAACACGGAGCAGAUCUCAAUUGGACCGAUAGCACGAAUGGAAACACUUUGCUACAUGAAGUAGCAGCACGUUUCGACGGAGAUCUAAGGGACAUUGUUUUGAUUGAAUACCUGCAUGAGAAUGGGGUCUCAGUCGAUGCAAAAAACUAUCGACAACAGACUGCGGCACAUAUCACGGGAACAGUCCAUGGUAAUCGCUACAAUUCUCUGAGCAAAGACGGCAAACAAACUUUCGUAUCAGUUGUUCGUCGGUUAUGCCCUAAAUUCGAUGUAAACACGAAGGACAUAGAUGGGUAUACGCCUCUUCACUAUGCAUGCGCCACUUCUGAAUAUUCAGUCUUUGCUCUGAUAAUGGCUGGCGCCGAAAUGAAUGCCCAGUCUUUCAAUCGGCGCACGCCGCUUCAUUGCGCUGCUCGCGGACGGCAGUGUGGUGUUUUAUCAAUGUUGCUCAACCAUGCUCAAAGAACUGGUUCUACCAUAGAUAUCAACGCCCAAGACUCUGAUGGCAUGACACCUCUUCACUUUGCCUGUAUAUCAGGUAGACCUGAAUCCGUUAGUAUUUUGAUCUCAGCUGGUGCUAAUAUUGAAAAGAAAACCAGCCGAGAAACGUCGGGGACAACUCCGCUAAUGUCAUGUGCCAUGUUCCUGGAGGAAGAUAUGAUCUGGAAAUUGCUACAAAAUGGAAAGCUCACUGAAUUCAGCGUUCAGGAUCCUUUCAGAGCUCUCUCAGGGUCUUCUGGGACCAUGAGGCCUGAGACUGACCUGGAUAAGGUAACACAACAUAUUACGUGCCGUAUUGGUGACAUUGCGCAUAUGCUUAUAAAAGCUGGAGCGAACACUGAAAAGGCUUUUAUUCCGGCACUCGAGGCAAAAUGCGCGGAGCUGGUAUAUGCCAUUAGGGGCGAAGAUUCUACGAGAAGCAAAAGUUUUGCCGAAAAUCAACUCAUGGCACAAAUGACCAGUAUUGAAAAAGCACUAGAUGAUUGCAGCCACGAAGAUAUCGACUCUAUAAAAUGCAAGGUUUGUGAAUUAGAUGAGGCAACUAUGAAACAGCUGGUCUUGAGAGACAUUGACUUUACACGAGCGAAUAACCCUGCGUGGAUGAGGGAUCUGGGACCGCCAAUCACUCAAUUCGCGCACUAUGGACUAACAGAAUUCAUGAGCAAGAUAAUUUCCAGUGCAAAACUCUUCGAUGACCCACACUAUACCGGUAACAUUGCCGAUAGUUUUGUCAAUGGUUGGAGCAAUGUUCGACCACUAUUACAAGUGGCCUGUGAGCGGCCGAUCUGGAACAUGGACAUGGUCAAACUUCUAAUUGAAGAAGGUCAAGUGGAUGUAAACGCGCAUCAUGUGACAAAAAGAAGUGAUGUUACAAUGACUGAAGAAUUAAUCCAAGGAACAACAGCACUUCAUAUCUUAGCGAAAGGGAAAUCCUGGUGGCAAGUUGAGGCUAUUCAAUACUUGGGUGAACACGGUGCCGAAUUAGAUAUCUUGGAUGGGAAGGGUCGUACUCCUCUAGAAAUUGCAAGUACAUACAUUGAAAACGGUUCAGCAGCAAGGAAAAAUCUCUUCGGCACUCAAGGUUGUGAGGCGCUCCUUAAACUGGGAGCUGACCCCAAUAAAGUGAAUCCGGAAGGCCUCACAGCUCUCAACAAGGCCGGUUCCGAUGAAGAGACAAUUAGGAUACUACUAAAAUACGGGGCAGAUGUUAAUAGAGGAACAAAAAGCGUUCUCACAUCAGCCAUAGAAUACGGAGAUGUGAAGACUCUUCAGCUGUACCUCCAAAACGGAGUUGAUCCUAACGUGCCGGACAACUCAACAGAUUCUAGUUACCGAUCUCAGUUUGCGACAGUCAAUGUAGCUAGGAAAUACCCAAUCGUAGUGGCAGCAUUUCCAAAGGGUCCGAAAGCAUAUUCUGCUUCUAUAGCUGCAGAGAUGAUACAACUUCUGCUGGAUCAUGGUGCUAGAGUUGAUUUGGCUGUCGAAGAGGGGGAAAGCAUUUUACACUAUCUUUUCGCAAAUGCCACGUCCGCAACCCUCGGUCCAUUUUUUGAAAGGCCAGGAAUAGAUAUGAAUACUAGGGAUAAAUAUGGUCGAACAGCUCUCUUAUGUGCCAUUUCUAACUCCACUAAGAGGGAAGGUCCAUACCCACAUGUUACACCUUCUAAACUCGAAAAGUCACAACCACCAUACGUACCGCCCUAUUUACACCUAGUAAACUCGGCAACCCAUGGCUCCUCUCUCGACUAUCUGGCAGUUGAUAACAAAGGGCGUCACAUAAUCUUUUAUUUACUCUCCAGAUGGACCUCCGAAACGGCACCAUUAUUUCUUUCCAUUCCAGGUGUCCGCUCUCUCUUUACCCAAAAAGAUAAUGCGGGCUGUUCUCCCCUCCAUCGUGUUCUAUCUUCUCAUUCUAUGCCUAUAUCUCUCCCCGAUAUCGUUAACAUCUUCGUAAACGACUGGGGUGCUGAUCUUCUAGAGCCAGAUCCAGAAUCCAAUACUGCGUUACAUCAUCUAACCCGCAGACGUCCUUACAACAAGCCGGACGAUUCUUUCCGAGUCAUGGAACAAUUUCUCUCUUUAGGUGGGUUUAUCGACGCGCGGAAUGAUGCGGGCAUGACACCUUUACUGGUAUGGCUAGCUGGUGGAGGGGACCAAUCUCGUUUACCGUGGUAUGAAGAGCAUGGUGCGGACUUCAAGGCUACAAACCAUGAAGGACAAGGAGCUCUACAUUUUGUGGCGGCAAAUAAACCUGUUAUGCAUGCACUUCCAGAGGAACGCGAAGAACUAAAAAAAGCAAGAGCAGAUUUGUUUGAGGCGUUGGUAAAGAAGUAUGGAUGUGAGGUGCUAGACGAAGAUUCGAAGGGGAGAACGGCGUUGGAUAUUGCAGCUGCAAUGGGAAACGAGGAGAUUUUGGAAUUGUUCCAGAGGAGGAAAUAGGAGACUUAGAUCUUAUGAUCUUGCUUUUCGUUUUGUCUAAAUGUUAAUCCCUCAUUUGUCACUGUACCCUCUUUCUUAUGCUUCGUCUAACAUCCGCGUCAAUUUGAACACGUUGAUAAAUACAAUCAAUUGAGCGUCUGUUUAUGAACAGUGAGAACCUUGGAAUAACAGCAAAGUUUGAUAUCAAGGUCGAGUAUCAUUUCAAAAACAUGAAAAAGCCAAUUCUGCUCUCAAAUAUGAUGAUCGGAUAUUUUAUGAUUGAAUGACAGGAGUCACUGGCAUCCUGAUUCGACGUUAUUUGCGCCGAUCCCACUCACCCAGUGAUCUACAUUGUCCAUCAAGUCAAUCAGACAAUUCCGUACGAAAUACUCCGUACGUUUGUUGAUAAAGUGUUGAGUUAUCUCUCUCGAGUCCACAACCAAGAGAAUUGGUGCUGAUCCACCACAUACGUACUCCGCAUUGGAGACAGCU